AUGUUGUUGAUGCGGCUGGUUUUCUUCACGGCAUUGCUGUUACUUCACUCUUCUCAUACGGAAGGCACUUUCUACGUUGUGCGAGGGGGAUGCACCGAUGAUUCUGAAAAAUGGACUACACGUAUUGACUCUGCUAUCGAAAAUGAGGCCGUUGUUGCGUUUCUUCGUACUCAGGGGAUACCUUUCGCUGGAAUUGCCGGAUAUGUGCAGGGUGGCAGCGCCUAUUGGAACGAUGGGUCCGCAAUGAAAUGGAUGCCGUCUGGGUUUGACCCUUCCUCAACGGCGGACGCCGGGUUUCUUGUGGUGCGAGGCGAUGCCUCAUGGGGGGUGGAGGUGUACGACGUGUUUCCGGAUACAGUGUUCAUCUGCACAGAUGGUGAAGUGGUGCUGGACACCACAACCACAACCUUCAAGAAGGCGUCCGUCACAACCACAACAGAGGCAGCUACUGAGGCAUCUGCUCCAGCCCCCAUAGAAGCGCCAACAGAGGUGCCCAAUAAUGUUUCUGAGGUUUUGGACGCUUUGGCGACCACGAUGAGUGCAGUAGGCACUUUUGAUAUUGUUCCUUUGACCACGAAUUCUGUGACGGUGCCCGUUAAAACAAAAAGCUUGCUACAACAUUUAGACGUACUUAGUCUGAGACACCAUUACUUUUUUGGUGUAGCCCUCAUAGAGAAGGGGGGUGCUGUGAAGCCGCAAGGGGUUUCAACCUUGAUGCGUGGAUCAGAAUCGACACUGGAGUUCAUAGUGCCCUUGGCCUUGAUGGACUCUGGUGUGAAGCAGUACACGAUGUGUGUUGUGGCCGUAAGCAAAAUGGGGACUCCCACGUAUCGUCAAACAGGCGCCAUGCUUCUUAUUCAUUCAAUUGGUGAGGUGUUACGGAACUUAAGUGGCAGCGUAGAAAUUAACGAAGAGGACAUCGUGGAUGGUGGGGACGUCAUACGUCCACUGCGUGUCAUGGGGCCAGGAACUAUGGUGCAACAUGCUAUUACGGUUUCCUCGCUUACUUUUAGUGGUCUCUCCCUCACCAUGAUUAACCAUCGCAGUUUGAGGAAAACCUGCACACCAAGUAAUUUGUCCAUUAAUUUUGUCUUUUCAAAUGGCAACUUACAUCUAUUUCUGCCGAAGGAAUACGUUGAACGCGUGAAGACGGCUCCGAGGAGUCUUUGCGCCUCAGUAGAAGGCAAUAAUAUCGUUAUUGCAGACCUUGAAAAGAGGCGAUGGUCCUUCACUGCAGCCAAUUCUUACUACGCGUAUGGUGAACCAAUCAAAGUGCUGGCCUUGGGUGCUUCUUCCGCGGCAGUGGCAAGCCGCAUGUAUUCGGCAUUUCUGUCACACUCGGAUCUGUGUUCUUCAGUAGACGACAAUGCUGUGUCGUUGCAGCUUGAAACUUCAGUUGCUCCUGCAAAAAGUUCCCCAUCGUCUUUGCCCCGGGAGCAGCAGGAAUUAACGCUUUACCUCAGCGCUGCUUCAGCUGGAAAGCAUGCAGGAUACUUGUGUGUUCAACAUAUAUCAACCAGGAGAAACAUUCGGAUCGUCUCCUUGACGGGGUUACAUGUGAAGGUUACGGGUGAGUUGCCUACGUCGCGCUCUUCUGGUUGGGUAACUCUUUUCAAUGGCUCGACAGGAUCGAUUGCGCUGAACGACUUUGUUUUGCCUUCGCAAUCCGAGAGAGAUGUGCAACAUUUUAAUGCCAUUUCGCGCUUUAUCAUGCAAAAAUCCCUGCAUGUUCAAUUUUUAUCAUUGCCUGUGGGUGCUCGCUGGACAACAAAGCUACAGAGGUGUCGUGACAACACUGCUAGAAUUGAAAUAGAAGCUGCCGCGUAUGGGGGUUCUGUUCAUAUUAAUGCCCCUCUUUUUUUUUUGGAUUCCGCGGGAAUUCUCUGCGCAGGAGGCGAGUAUCUUCGGGUGGACUAUAGGGUUUAUGAACCCUUGCAGUGGCUUCAGCGAUUUGGUGACUCUGAGGACGCCGUGGUUUCCACCGUAGUGCCAAGUUUGCCAAGUUCAGCUAUAAGAGUGAAGAUUGCGAAUUGGGAUAUGUCUUCUCACUUUGCAGUUCGUUUCGCCGUAGAUAGUAGCUGUCGUGUUGGUUUCACGGCCAAUGUUUGGCAGGCCUCGGACGCCGUACACGCUGUUAGUUUAUCCAAUAUUGUUAGUGGAAGUUUUGCGCUUUGUGUAGGGAUCUACACCGCUGCUGGGGAGACUUCAAUGUUUGUGUCCAGCGAUCGUAUUGUUUUGUUGAUGCCUUAUGAGGCAGGUCUAAAGGUUUGGGAAAAGGAACAAAAAGUGCUGUCUGGAACAUGGACGCUGUGUGGGGCAUCUUCUGUAUGCGGGUAUGUGCCCCCGCAACCCUUCUUGGAGGUCUGUGGACGCCAUACCGUGACGCGUGCGUGGCCCAUCAUUGUCACGGAGAAGUUUUAUUCUCUCGGAAGCUUCAACGUGAAGUUACGCGGGGAGGCUCAGAUCUAUUCCGGUGCUCUAGUUGAGGAUAGGGUAUUUAUCAAGCGAAACAACUUUACCUGCCAAAAUAUUAAUCUUUCAGAGAUGGGUGAAGGCGGGAACCUGUACAGUACAUCAGCUGUGGUAAACCAGGAGCACUCCAUAGUAACGCUAAAUUCAAGUGCACCACUUGCAGGUGUCAUUCUUGGCUUUGCCACGUGGGAUGGAGGUUGUGACGCCGAGUCGAUUCGACACAAAGCCCUUAUUUCCACUGUAUUUCCCACUACAUCCCCCGUCUCAGCUUUGGAUCUUGUUACUUUGCUGGGGGAUCACGAGGAGGGUUACUUCGUUGUAUGCGUACUGCAGGCAGCUUCAUGGAGAACUGUGUCCCAGACGUACAUCCACACAAUGCCAAGCGGCGCAUAUGCUAAAAGUGUCGGUGCGGAUGCCAUUGCAGUGUUGGGCCAAAACGAAAAUGAGAAAUUUAUUUAUCUCUGGGAAACAGGAACAGAGGAUUGGGCUAUCGUCGGUUUUUUUUCCCCAAACGUUGCGAUAUCGUUUGCGCUUGUCUGGGAUGACGCAUCGUGCCAUGUUUCACCCGCGUACACCUCGCCCAUGCGGUACGUUUCUACCACUACAGCUUUGGUUUAUGUUGAGGUUCCCUUUAUUGCCGCGGCACCGACACCAACCUCCGUACUGUAUUCGUGCUACUAUGUUGAAAACGCACCUGUCUUACCACUUCGCAUUGAGCAGCGUCGCGAACGGCAAGUUAGCGUGCUGAAUCUAUCGCUUUCCUCCAUUAACUAUCUUCCUCACUUUGCUAUUCGAUACAACACAACGGAAAACACCACUAUCAUUCUUUCCGAUCCUUUGAGCCCUCCAAUCACCCAACUGGGACUUUUCCUUGUCGCUUCGCCCGAGGAAGAGGAUGCGGCUACUGGCUGCUUACCCAAUGCCCGGCGGCACGUCUUACUCCUAAUGGUGCAAGUGAAUAAACUUGGAUUGCGAUACGUAAGUAUUGCACCGAGUGUUCCCGCAUUGCUAGGCUCUGCAGGACGCGAAGUUUACUUGCGUCUGUGUGCUACCGCUUCGAAGAGUGUCAGCCCACGUUUUGUUCCUGUUAGUGCAUAUCUGGUUAUUAAUGACAUUGGUUCAGUGAUACAAGCGGAUCCGUUUUCGUUGCAGCUUGUUUUUCGUGCUUUGAACAACACCCACCGCCCGCUGUCGCUGCAGGGAUGUGCAGAGUUUGUGCAACAAUAUGUCGUCAGCGUGACAGGUCGAAGGUCUGAUCAGCGAGGAGUUUUGAUAACCGCCAAUGGUAACAACAGAUUCCUUCUUUUUAUUGAGCCGACUUUGGAGGUAACAGGCGAGAACGCCAUCAAACAGCUGCGGGCUGUUUACAAGGCGAUGAUGUCAGGGAAGAUGUUGCCUUUGCGUGUUGGGUCUGCGGAUGGUUUGUGGUUUGUUCUUGACUCGGUGGAGGGUGUGCAUCUCUUUAACCAGACACACCACUAUGGAUUUCCGCGUGUUGUUGUGACAAGCGUGGGUGGGACCGAUAAUACACCCAACAAGGACUUGGUGAAGCAGAUUAUAACGAUAUGUUGUAUCAUCAUUCUGCCUGUCGUUGUGGGGUUUGUUGUCUUCUCCUUGCAGCGUACUAUACCAAGGUUGAACCGGCUAAACCUGGGCAAAGGCUGGCUGAGGCGAGCGAACAGCAAUGACAACAACAGGCAUGGCGAAGCGACCUACAAGGCCGAUUCUGCUGUGCUGGGCAACCAAAUAGGCGACUCUCCGUCCCCGCGCACCCCGCAGUCGGUAGAGAUUGGCACACAGCUCACCUCCUUUACCAUGGAGAACUCUGCCGCCAACCCGUUGUACGGCUCGGAUGGUGAUGAGGCGCCAACCUCGUUGGGCUGCACACCGCCGGUAGGCAAUGCUACCUUCUCCAUGCGUGAAUGUGGAGCAUGGGAAGUGGACCAAAACUGA